UUUGUUUUGGCAAUGUUAAUAAUUUUGCAUUCAAUUUUAUGGUCAAAACAAAUUGUAAGUAAUAUCUGAAUGGUGCAAAUUAUUCAUUGAACAUUGACUUAAACUGCUUGCGGGUGAAUAAACAAUGAUUAUAUGAGUAUUUUUCUGCAAACAAACGCGUGUUUGUUGUAAAUAGGCAAGUGGGUGUUUCCCCUGGUGAUGAUGACAUACAUUUUCCGAAAUCGCGAACUUCGUCGCGAGAAAUCGUGAGAUAGCUACAAAAAUGGCGUCAACCUAGAUUUACUACGUGGAGAAUAACAAGACAAGGAAGAAGCAUGCUGCAAAUGACACGUCCGGUUUCAAUUUAAAUUUGGCUGUGACUGACGUGAGCCAUGUCUCCUCCUGUGAUUGAGAACCUGAAGGGGUUUCUGUCCACCAAGCCUCCACUUGUCAUUUUUAUGAUAUGUCUCGGAGGCUGUGCAGUCGUUCUUCUGACCUUGGCCUAUAUAGUGAAGGUUAAUGACCAACUCAUUAAUCCAGAUUUAACUAAGGAUUGGAACAAGUUUCUGGAUAAUUUUGCGGAGCUGGAGUUCUGUAUGAUAGCUAACUCAUCAGGGUAUCCUGACGAAGCCCAGUCUGCCUCUCCAAAGCUGACUGACAAGUUAAAUGUUAUCAGUAACAAACUGACGGGGUCGGCAUCCACUACCGAGAGGUCACCACAAAGUGGAGACGACAUUGUUAACACAUCACUGACAAUGAUGGUGGAAUUGCGGCCGACGCCCCACUUCUACGGGAUCACACAGAAUGUGACUUUCCUGUCGUCCACGGUAACAGGCAGUCAGAUUGGAUUGUCAGGGGCAGCUGCUGACCUUGAGAUGAAUGUGACCUUGAACUUCCCGUUCGACUGGAAUGACACCGAUUGUUCUGGAAGCACCUGUCCUACUAUACAUAUCCUCACAUGUAUCAACUUACAGGCCCCUUUGGCCUUUUUCCCCAGUACACGACAAGUGGGUGCGUGCUACAGUGCAUCUAACGAGUCGAGCAGUGAAGUCCACACAAGAAUGCAGAGUUACCUGGGUAACCAGUUCACCCUCCUACCAACAGCAGCUUCACAAUGUCAGGAAACACCAGUCAUCAAGGUCAAACACAAGGUCGACCCCAGGUUUACUAUGAUGCUGACGUUGGAGGACCGGUCAGUCAUCAAUCUCCACCUGAUGCACACAAGCUACUUCCUGUUUGUGAUGUUUGUCACCAUCUUCUGUUACGCAAUCAUUAAAGGCCGGACAAGCAAGGUCAAAACACACAACAGUUACUCAGAGGUGAAUUCUUAUGCAUGAAGUGCAGAGAGGUAGACAGGCAUGUCUGUGAUACUGUUGAUAGCAGUUCUUUUCUUGGCAAGGCUUACCAUUGUCUCCCCUUGAGCACCUGGACGAGGCUUGGCAAGGCUUACUGUUGUCUCUCCUUUACCUCCUGGACGAGGCUUGGCAAGGCUUACCGUUGUCUCUC